CUUCCAGUACCCUCGUUUCGAAAUCUUCCAUCAUUGCACUUGCAUGAUGUCAAUCUGAUGCACAACACCCUCCCCCGAGAUAGCGAAUAAACCGCGUAGUGAGUGAAGCUCGCACUAGCCCGGACGGCUCUAGCUUCGCUCUGCUGUGUGUGUGUUACGCGCAAGCCCGGAGAGAGAUGACAAGAGCUUCGCGAGGCUGGACAUUCAAACAUGGAGCUUUUUAAAACGCAAAUGUCGGUACUUUGGAUAUUAUUGCUGAAUGGAAACAAGGGCUGUCACACUGAAGAAGUGGUCCUGCUGAACUCAAAAGAAACUCAGGCAGAGCUCGGUUGGACGUCGCACCCCUCCAAUGGCUGGGAGGAGAUCAGUGGCGUGGAUGAGAAGUACAAGCCCAUCAGGACCUACCAGGUGUGUAACGUGAUGGAGCCGGCGCUGCAGAACAACUGGCUGCAGACGGGCUGGGUGGCGCGGCGCGGCGGCCAGCGCAUCUUCGUGGAGCUGCAGUUCACGCUACGCGACUGCAACAGCAUCCCGGGCGUGGCAGGCACCUGCAAGGAGACCUUCAACCUGCUCUACGUGGAGUCGGACAAAGACCUGGGCCGGGUGACCCGCGAGGAACGCUACACCAAGAUUGACACCAUCGCCGCUGAUGAGAGCUUCACGCAGGGCGACCUGGGCGAGAGGAAGAUGAAGCUCAACACGGAGGUGCGGGAGAUCGGACACCUGAACCGGAAAGGGUUCCACCUGGCGUUCCAGGAUGUGGGGGCAUGCGUGGCCCUGGUGGCGGUGCGGGUGUACUACAAGCGCUGCCUGGCCACGGUGCAGAACCUGGCUGUGUUUUCUGAUACGGUUGCGGAGGCAGCGUUCGCCACACUCGUGGAAGUCAGGGGAGCCUGCGUCAACAACUCUGAGGUUGACACGGACAGCCCUCCCAGGAUGCACUGCAGCGCUGAGGGGGAGUGGCUGGUGCCCAUCGGGAAGUGCAGCUGUUCAGCGGGUUACGAGGAGGGUCACAGCAGCUGUGAAGCGUGUCCCCCUGGCUCGUAUAAGAUGUCAUCCAGACAGCAGGAGUGUUUUCCGUGCCCGGCCAACAGUGUGGCUGAGGAGGAAGGAUCGGUGGUGUGUGUGUGUGAGGAGGAUCACUUCAGGACCCCCCUGGACAACCCCUCCGCCCCCUGCACCCGCCCCCCCUCUCCUCCCAAAGACUUGGUCUACACCCUCAAGCAGUCCACCAUGAUCCUGGAGUGGAGCGCGCCAAUGGACACGGGCGGCAGGGGGGACCUGACCUACAGCGUGGGCUGCCGCCGGUGCCUGGGGCUGCAGUGUGAGCCGUGCGGGGCCAGCGUGGGCUUCAUGCCCCAGCAGAGUGGGUUGACCGAACGCACGGUCACCGUGGUCAACCUCAUGGCCAACUCCAACUACACGUUGACGGUCGAGGCCCUCAAUGGCGUAUCAGAGCUCCUGCCCAACAAGAGGUUCUACACACAGGUCAACGUGUCAACUAGCGUGCCAGCGCCCUCUCUGGUGAGUGAGUUGCGUGCGGAGAAGAUUGAGCAGCGCAGUCUCACCCUGGUGUGGAGGGAGCCCAGCUACCCCAACAGCAGCAGCACCGAGUACGAGAUCAAGUACUACGAAAAGGAACAGAAGGACAAGAGCUACUCAACGGUCAAGACGGCCGCCACCCGCAUCAGCGUCAACAACCUCAAGCCUGGCACCACCUACGUCUUCCUCAUCCGCCCUUUCUCCACUCCGGCCCCCUCCUCCCUCCUCUCUGCUGCCGCCUCCUCCUCUUCCUCCUCCCCCUCUCCCAUCGACUACGGAGGCUACAGCGCUCCCCUGGAGCUGCAGACGCUUGGCGAACUGGCGCUGGCGUCCAGUGAGCAGAACCCAGUAAUCAUCAUCGUGGUGGUGUCUGUGGCCGCCCUCAUCAUGCUGCUCUCUAUGGGAGUGGGCCUGCUCCUCUGGAGAAGACAGUGUAGAUACAGCAAGGCCAGUCAGGAGGGAGACGAAGAGCUCUACUUCCAAUUUAAGAUCCCGACCCGGAGGACCUACAUAGACCCAGAGACGUGUGAGGACCUGGUGCAGGCUGUCCUCGUCUUUGCCAAAGAGCUCGACAACUCCAGCAUCAAAAUAGAGAGAAUCGUGCACACAGGUGACUUUGGGGAGGUGUGUCGUGGCUGUCUCAAGCUGCCCAGUAAGCGGGAGCUUCCGGUGGCCAUCAAGGCACUGAGGGCCGGCUGCUCAGAGAAACAGAGGCGCUCCUUCCUCAGCGAGGCAGGGAUACUGGGACAGUUUGACCACUCCAACAUUGUCCGUCUGGAAGGGGUCAUCACCAGCGGUGAGCUAGUGAUCAAAGCGAUAGAGGAUGGCUUCCGCCUGCCCGCCCCUAUGAACUGUCCACCCCACCUCCACCAGCUGAUGUUGGACUGUUGGCAGAAGGAGAGGACCGAGAGACCCACCUUCAGCCAGAUCCACUCAGCUCUCAGCAAGAGCAUCCGCAGCCCCGACGGCAUCGGCUCCUCCACACUGGCACGCAGAACCCUCCCUCAGCUAGGAACCCUCCCUCUGGGCUCCUCCAUCUCCCUGGCAGACCGGACUCUUCCGUCUUUCCCCUCGUUUAACUCGGUAGGGGAGUGGUUGGAUGCGGUGGACAUGGGGCGCUACAAGGACAACUUCACCGCGGCAGGAUACUGCUACCUGGAGUCUGUGGCCCGUAUGACAGUCCAAGACGUGUUGAGUCUAGGCGUCACCUCUCUGGAGCACCAGAAACAGAUCCUGUCUGCCAUCCAGACCCUUAGAGCCCAGGUCAUCCAGAUGCACGGCAGAGGGGUGCAGGUCUGACCUACACACACACAUACACACACACAUACACACGCACACACACACAUACACACACGUGCAGACGGACGGACGAGCGGAUGGAUAGAAGGACUCGUCGCUCAUUCAGAUGGACGAAAUCAAGUGGAUAGUGAGGUGGGCAGAGAUAUUGCCCACACUUCACCCACCCACUCUUUCCCCUUCUCUCUCCCCCGUCUUGCCCCUCCUCCCUCUCUUAAGUCCUUGGGAAGGAGGCAUCUUCCAGUCAUGUGAUCAGCGUACUCUGUCGGAGGUCACAUGACUUCUGUCUGCACGCUGACCCGAAUCAACUAGAUCUCCUCUCUUACAACUGGCCCUGGAUCAGAGGUUAAAUAGACUUAAAACUACCCUGAUGGAGAAGUACUGUCCAUCUAAAAUGUCUGGCACUCUACCACUGGUCUCAGAACAUGGGGUAAUAACAUUUCCUUGAUGGAGAAGAACAGUCCCCUCAAGUGAUACUCUACUGAACCACUGGUCUCAAAACUGAGGUUAAAGCCACCCUGGUUGAGAAGUACUGUUCAUCUAACAGGGCUGGCCCACUACCACUGGCCUCAGUACAGUGGGAUAAGGUACCAAUGGAGAAAGUGCUGUCUGUCGAACAGAGUUGACAUUGUAAAUCUGGUCUCAGUUCAGUGGUUAAAAACCUCCUAUCCCGGUUGUUUGUUCAAGUGACAGGUUCCCACGGUGUGGGCGGAUCCCAGGCUGUGUCUUGUCUUGGCCUGACCAAUCAUGAGGCUGGAAAAAACUUACCUUCAGGAAAAAACUACUGAUUUAAAAACAACUAGGAAUUUGUGUAAAUCAAAACAAUGGAUUUACGUGUAUUUGAUUGUUCAUUCCUAUUUCGUCUGUUACACAAUUUAUCUUUUUCCGAACAUUUUUCCAUUAACUGUGUCUGCUCUCCCUGUGUGGAAUGGCUAAUGUCCCUUAGCCGGGAUGUCAGUGGUGUGUCAUGUAGCGUCUCGCUAAUAUAUUUCUCCCAUCUAAAAAGCAUUUUCACUACAAGGGUAUAUUGCACUGUUAAGAAUAAAGGUCAAGUCUCAAGCUGACAUACAGUAUAUUUAAUAUGUAUUCAUUUUUAUUUAUGCAUUUACAGUUUACAGACUCUCACACAACCUCCUGACGGGAAGAGGUUACGAGGGUCAAAAUAGACAUACUUGAUUGAAUAAAUAAUCAAUUACAUUUUGUGUUUAAGGAUGCUGCAAAGCACAUGUCCUCUGGUUUCAGUGUAAAUCAUGAAAUGUUGUAUUUUUAAAAUAUUUUUUUUUACAGUUCGAGGGAUUCUGUUACUGAAUAAUGGUGUCCUGUACUGAACAAGGUAUUAUGAAGAGGACUUACACUAUAGUAUGUUGACUGUUUUCUUCUCAUAGACAGGGGUAUUGAAUAAUUUGGAUACUGUUAACAAAUCACCAGUAGUUGAUACAGGACUUAUACAUUUUGAGUCCAGUGUCGCUGGAUGUACGGUAUCGAUGUGUUGCAUUAUAGAAACAGUAUUGCAGUAUUUCAGAAUGUCGUAGAGUGAUCUCAUUUAUUUAUUUAUUUUGGGGGGGGGGACAGCAACUCAAGCUGACAUAGGACCCACAACCCCCCACUGCAUAUACAAGCCCUUCCAUUUGUCAGUAUUAUGUAUUUUACAAAAACGGUAACAUUUAAUCGUAGUUAACACGUUUUGGGGAAUGAUUUGAUUUCUCUCCUACUCAUGUAGCUAGCUACACGGUAGAUGUUUUAUUGGUUCCGUUUGGUUCGUUGAUGGGUUAUUGUAAUAGUGAGGUAUCUGGUAUGAAAGGACUACCAGUGUAUGUCCUCCUCUCUUCCCUACAUACUCUCUCUUUGUAGCUGUUUUGCCUUAACAUUACUGUAUAUAAACCCAAAAUAUACUCCUAGGCUGCGUUUACAAAAGGCACAAUUCUGAUAUUCUGCCCAUUUAUUGUAGAAAGAGCUAAUCUGAUCGGUCGAAAGAUCAGAAUGGGCUGCCUGUGUAAACGCAGCCCUAUAGACUCACACAUGCACAUAUCUACAAAGUCUCACCACCCCUGUAUACGCAGACACCAAAAUAGACCUUUCACUAGCGACUUAACUCAGUUGUUGUCCCUCCCACCCACUGUUUACUACUCGACGAUUACAAAAUGUUUAAUACUGUAAAUAUGUAUUUGAAAAUGCAAUCUAUUUUUAUAAUUUCUUUGAAGAACAAUGUGUUGAAAAUAUCUGCUCACUGUGUAGGGGUUUUAUUGUUUAAAUGUAGGGCCGUUGCCAAUGAACGUGUGUGUUUGGAAUAUUAAAACAUAUUUUCUUUGUUUAGUUUUUGGAUGAUUUUUACCUGUUAGAAAGACAGAUGGCUGUUGCAAUAUUGAAAUGUGUUAUAAAAAAAACUAUCUCCCUUAA